AUGCGGAGGAUCCGGCGGCUGGUGCAUCUGGUCCUGUUCUGCCCCCUCUCCAAGGGCCUGCAGAGUCGCCUGCCGGGCAUCAAGGUGAAAUACCUGCUGGUGGUGUGGCUGGGCAUCUUCGUGGGCAGCUGGGUGGCAUACAUGCACUACUCAUCCUACUCUGAGCUCUGCCGUGGCCACGUCUGCCGGAUGAUAAUCUGUGACCAGUACAAGAAAGGAAUCAUUUCUGGCUCCACAUGCAAAGACCUGUGUGAGGAGCGCAGCCUUAUCUUCCAGCACUGCCUCUCCUCCUCUCCCACCCAGCAGGUCUACAGUGGGCUCUGGAGGGGGAGGGAGGUGAUCAUCAAAUGCAGCAUCGAAGAAGCCCUGAAGGCAGACCACCAUCCAGACUCUGUGCCCAGGAGGGACAUGGUCCUCUUUGACAAGCCGACACGAGGGACCUCAAUGGAUGAGUUCAAGGAGAUGCUCCUCAACUUCCUGAAGUCCAACCUGGGAGAUCAGCCAUCUCUUGCAGCCUUGGUGAGCCGCAUCAUCACCAUGGCAGAUGUGAACCGGGAUGGGAAAGUGUCUUUAGCAGAGGCCAAAUCCAUCUGGGCACUACUUCAGCUCAACGAGUUCCUCCUCAUGCUCUCCUUGCACGAGAAGGAGCACACUCCCAAGCUGCUGGGGCACUGUGGGGACCUCUACGUCACUGAGAAGAUCCCCCACACCUCGCUCUACGGAGUGGAUGUCCCUCCCUUCCUCCAGUCAAUGCUGCCUUCAGUGGUCCACCAAGUCAUCCACCAGUGGUUCGCCCCAGCGUGGCCCCGGCGGGCGAAGAUCGCCAUCGGCCUCCUGGAGUUCGUGGAGGAGAUCUUCCAUGGGACCUACGGAAACUUCUACAUCUGUGAGGGCAGCCUGAAGAACGUGGGCUACAACGACAAAUACGACUUCAAAAUGGUCAACUUGAGGAAGGUGGCCACGGAGAUGACAAUCAGAGGUUUCCUCAAGGGCCGUCACUGUGAGCAGAACGGGGACUGCACCUACGGGAAGGACUGCACGGCCUCCUGUGACAAACUCCUGAAGCAGUGCAAGGGCGACGUGGUGCAGCCCAACCUGGCGAAGGUCUGCGGCUUGCUGCAGGACUACUUGCUGUAUGGAGCACCACUGGAGCUGAAAGAAGACCUGCAGAAACAGCUCCGAACUUGCAUGACCCUCAGUGGCCUGGCCAGCCAGAUGGAGGUGCACCACUCCCUCGUGCUCAACAACCUCAAGACCUUGCUCUGGAAAAAGAUUUCGAACACCAAAUAUUCUUAA